AUGUCCAAUAAUUAAACUUUCAAAGAUUUUCCAAAUUAAAGCCAUAUUGAAUUGAAAUUUAAUACUAAAGACCAACAUGGACUUGAAAGAGAAGAAGCCUUACAAAAGUAUCGAAGAAAUAUUAAUUUACUUACUAAAAUAUUUGCAUAUGAUGUAGAUCAACCGGAACAGGAGAAAUAACAUGAAAUUUGUUAAUCAGAAAAACAAAACGGAUAAUUUCAAAUAAAGCCCCAUCUUUUGGAGAGUAUGAGAUAAUCUCUGGUUCAAUUAUAAAACAGACACAAAGAAACAAUAGAAUAAUUUAAAAAAAGAAACGAGUUGUUUAAAUAGCGAAUCAAUGAGGAUACUAAGAUAAAUAAUUAAGAAGAAUUUUAAUAAUUUAUAAAUGAACUACAAUCAGAAGAUUUACUCUGUGAAUCCCACCCAUUUCUUGAUAAAAAAUCUUCAUUUUAUAUGCAAACUAAUCUUUAAUAGCCUAUUUAAAUAAGUUAAGAGUAAUGUUUGGAGUUAAAAGAAUAAUUAAAAGAUGAUUAAUGCAUUUUAUUAAGUUGA